GUUGGAGGUAAACUUUUCGUAAAAAGGAGGGAAAACUCUGAUUUGUUGACAAAUAACAAAACAAUUAAAUCGUCUAUCUCGGUUGAUGACAACACAGAAUGCCAUCAAACGUGGAAAUUAAAGCUUCCAUUGCAAGCCUUUCAGAGUUUAAAAAGAAAGCUAAAGAACUUAGCAGAACGGAAGGAGAAGAACUGAUACAAGAAGAUGUAUUUUUCAAUGUUCCAAACAGUCGUUUGAAAUUAAGAACCAUUAAGGACGCAAAAUCAGAGCUGAUUUUCUAUGACAGACCAGACCAAGAAGGACCUAAGUUCAGUGAAUUUUACACAACCCCCAUAGAAGAUCCUGCUUCAUUUAAGGAGACUCUGGGUAGAGCUGUUGGGGUCAAAGGAAUAUUGAGGAAGGUGAGGACAUUGUACAUGGUGGGACAAACCAGAGUCCACGUAGACCAAGUGGAGGGGCUGGGAGAUUUCAUGGAAUUGGAG